CCCCGUGAGGCCCAGGACGCCGGCCAAAAAGAGUAAUGUUGCCAAGAAGGAGAAGGUGUCCCACAACGGACUUCCCGUCCAGACGAACAGCAGCCAGGUAGUAGAGAGGAGAUCGUCAUCAUCAAAAGCGGGGCCACACCCAGACCGCCACUCCGCCGUCCCCUCAGCCUGGAAAUGACGCCCCAGCACCUGCGAGGGACUCGGGAGCAGACGGCGGACAGGCGGAUCGUGCAGCCUCCUUGGCGCAGCGGUUCGGCAGCUCCCUCGCCUCCGACUCGCAGUCUGACCAGCCCCAGUCUGGGUGCAGGCGGCUGGAUGCGACGCAGCGAGAGCACCUGCUCAGUCAAUUACUCCCUGGCGCAUCGGGCCAGCAAGGGGCAAAUGCGACCUGCCACCUCCUUGCCACAUAUAGCGAAGGGGAUUGGGGGGACGACGACGCCUACGCCCUCCAGGCCCUGUCUGCUCGUUGCCCUCAGGCCUCUUAACUUGGAGCAGGAGAAGCAGACUUUCUUCCAAUCUGACUACAAGUACGAGCCUCAGUUUGAGUACGCACAGCCGGAGCCGAGGACUGUGUUGGAGAAGUACCGAGAGGGCUCAGGCCUCUUCCUCGAACAGGCGGUUGGGAUCAUGGAGUGCGUCCUGAGGAAGUUUGGCUCUUACGAGAACUUUGAGGAAGUGACGGGUGGCGGCGUCCUCCCUAAAAGUCAAGUCUGGGCUGCUGUACGCAAAUAUCUGCAGAAAGAAGGCUGUGUGGGAGAGGUUGUGGUGCGCCUGUCUGACGAGCUGCUGUCUCAGGCCGUGAUGGUGGUGGAGAGCUGUCGUCCCACUCUAACCAUCAACCUGGCCGGAGCUCGACAGCACUGGCUGGAGGGGAUGCUGAGACAUGAAAUUGGGACACAUUACCUGCGAGGGGUGAACAACAACCUGCAGCCAUGGGGCACCGCUGAAGGCAGGAAGAAGUUCGGCCUCAAACCGGCCAAUCCCACGGAGGAGGGUCUGGCCAGCCUGCACAGCGUGCUGCUACGGAAACAGCCCUACCUGUGGCGCGCGGCUCUGCUCUACUACACGGUGUACCACGCCAGCAGCAUGAGCUUCAGCCGGCUCUUCAGCCACAUCGCCCGCUUCGUCCGGGACCCGGACGUCCGCUGGGAGUACUGCCUGAGAGCCAAGAGGGGACAGACGGACACCUCGCAGCCCGGUUGCUUCAGUAAAGACCAGGUUUAUCUGGACGGGAUCCUCCGAAUCCUUCGGCACCGAAGGGCCAUCGACUUCAAGAUGUUGACUUCUUUAGGCAAGGUGUCCUACGAAGAUGUGGAGAGGCUGCGGCAUCUGGCGGUUCUCCCACGGACCAGAAUCCCACACUUCAUGCGAGACCAGGAGCGGUACCUGCAACACCAUCACAUCGUUGCGGUCAACGAAGUGGACGAUUCAGCGCUGCAACAUCUGCUACCCUGACCCGGUCCUGAUUCUAAGAAGAAGAAGAAAGUGGAGGACGCUGGUACACUGACUGUAUCAUGUGGUGCGCUAAAGAUCACUUAAAAUAUCAAGUAUUAUCGAUGCUUUAUUGGAGCGAUUUUUGUAAAACUUGAAUGAUGCGAACAAAAGGGACGUACACACUAACACCUCUAUCUACAUUUCACUUCUGUCCAAUGCAUGUCCUCUUCCUGUCUCGUCUUUACUCCCACUAUAAAGUUACCUCAAUACUGCAACUCUAAGAUGUAACCAACAUUAUAUAUGUAGACUCAUACAUAGUCACUGCAUCCAGCGCCUGUACAGGACACUGCUAACAUGUCGUGUACAGAUUCAUAAUCACAUGCUUUAUUUAUGCAAUUAUUUAAGUUUUUUUACUUUGAGAGAACAAACUGAAUGUCUCUGGUUUUAGCUUUAUACCUUCUUUUUUUUUUAGAUGAAAUUGUUUAAUGCCUUAGAUUGUUGGCUUUUUAAUAAAAAAGGACACCAAGGACACGUCAAACCUCUUGGGAAGUCGUUACUGAGACCAUGAAUCUUUUUAAGAUAUCAAGUGCCAGUGGACUCAGUUAAGUAUUCAAACAUUCCCCAGGGUGGCUUUUAAAAUAUCAGUAUUAUUAAUUAGAUAAUCAGCUGUGUUGUUUCUGCCUUCAAUGUGUCCUUGGUGGUCUUUUCAUAUCAGUAUGCUACUGUGAUGUGACCCGUCCCGAAGCUCCCACCUCUGCGGCAACCAAACUUUCUUUUGCGACAUUAAAGGGAUAGUUAAACUAUUAUUAGCUUUCUUGCAGGGUGUUAGAUGAGAAGAUUUAUGCUGCUUAAGCCAGCAUAGAUACCACAAAGGGGGAAAGAGCUCGACAGGUUGGAAAUGUAAAAAACACAGUUGACAGUUACCCCGAGCAGCAAUUCACAGCUUAGAAAAACUGCAGGUCUGUCAGUCUGCAGAUUUCUCCACAUUUUGAAGCAGUAUUCACUGGGCUCAAAUAAGAUAAAAACAAAACAAAGUGUAAGGAAUAGCUACUCUAGCAUGUCUGGCUAUACCUACAGCAGUUACUGAGCAUUACUUCCAAGGCCAAGGGGCAUAUCAUUAACUUGUUACAUUAGUUUGUGGGGUCACUGGUUGUGUUCAGAUCUGGCACAUCCACUGUGUGGAAGGCGACCCUGGGUGCCAACAGAGUUUAUGCUAACGUCUGCGGCUCUGUCCUGCUAUUUAAUUGGAUUUUGGGGACGUUUACGCUCCAGCAACCACAGCCAAUGCUACCUGAGAUAGUGUUAACGAUUGCCAAACACAUCAGUUAAUCCUCAUCCUGAAAGCCCUUAUCUCUGUAAAAACAUACAGUUUAAAAAUACAAGCUAGUAUGUAAGCUAAACAGCCAAACCAAGGGUUAUGUCAGAAUGAAAAUAACAGAUUGAACUCGGAUAAUGAGGGUGCAGAGUUUUUGCCAGGGACCUGUUAGCGUAGGUCUUUUAGCUUGAUAGAAUGGAUGUAGCCAUCAAGUGCAUUUACCCUCUUUGACAGGAAUCUCGCCUUAAAAGGGACUCAGCUGAGGAAAUUUAAGUCAGCAAGAGUUUCUAAACAAUUUAUGGAAUUAACGUUAGUUUAAUUAUACUGAACUAUAAUGAUCAGACAGCAUGGGUAUUGCACAGGGGUGCCUUAGGCUGGCCACAAUAAAAGGCCACUCAAAAAUGUUUUUCUGUAUUGGGGGGUCCGGAAACCAGUCAGUAUCUGGUGUGACCACCAUUUGCCUCACGCAGUGCAACACAUCUCCUUUGCAUAGAGUUGAUCAGAUUGUUGAUUGUGGUCUGUGGAGUGUUGGUCCACUCCUCUUCAAUGGCUGUGCGAAGUUGCAGUCAGGUCGAGACCCCGAUGAGGACGGCGAGCAUACAGAUGAGCUUCCCUGAGACGGUUCCUGUCAGUUUGUGCAGAAAUUCUUUGGUUAUGCAAACCGAUUGUUGAAGCAGCUGUCCAGGUGGCUUCGUCUCAGACGAUCUGCACAUUUUCGAGUGGCCUUUUAUUGUGGCCAGCCUAAGGCCUUUUAUUGUGGCCAGCCAAAGGCCCACCUGUGCAGUACCCAUACUGUCUGAUCAGCAUCUUGAUAUGCCACACCUGUGAGGUGGAUGGAUUAUCUCGGCAAAGAAGAAGUGCUCACUAACACAGAUUUUGACAGAUUUGUGAACAAAAUUUGAGAGAAAUAGGCCUUUUGUGUACAUAGAGAAAGUCUUAGAUCUUUGAGUUCAGCUCAUGAUGAAUGGGGACAAAAACAGUUGCAUUUAUGAUUUUGUUCAGUGUAGCUAGCUAGUUACAGCUGAUACAGGUGUCUUUUCAGUCAGCAAAAUUGAUGUUCGCUGGCUAUAAACGAGAAUCUCUGCAAUGGUUAAUGUGCAUUAUCAUUUUAAACAGCACAUGUGCUUCGAGAAUGUAAAGCUUGAAAUAUGUGCAGGACUAUUUCCCAGCUAACAAAUAACACUAGCUGACCUUGUACAACUUAUCAAGGCAGAGUUCUCAGCGACCCGGGGCAAAUCCGACCGGGCUGCAUCCCCCCUCUCUCUCCGGCCUUUCCUGUCUCUCUUUACUGUCAUUUCGACAUUUUGGACACUGCUAAGCUGCUUUAUUGGCAUGAAUGUAUAACAACUAUAUUGCCAAUUAACACUCACCAAGAAAGCCAAUGAGUAAAUUUCACGAAAUGUGUAACUGUUCCUUUAACUUGUAGAUAAAGUGCCAAAGCGGCAUCUUUAAUUCACUGCUGGGUUGUUUGAGAAGCAGCCGGACUCGGCCAAUCAUCGUAGUUCCUCAUCCGGACACGAGUCAGUGGCUGGGGAGGAAGCAGGGUGUUGUGGGCGUGCCUUCGAUGGGUGUAGAGCUCAUCUGCUGUAGCUAGCCGUGUGUUUGUAGGCUGCUUUUUACUGUGUUUAGACACUUAAAACUUCAGAUGUCAGUCAGGGCAUUCAUUUUGGGCCGUCUGCGAGCAGAAUUAAAACCAGGCCACAACAAAAAGGUCAUCAGUAGUCCCAGUUUUUAACACUUGACCAAAAUGUGAAUUAUACUUCUGUGAUGCAUUUUAAAUACUUGGAUUUAAAGAUUGCCCUGUAAUUGAAAUGUAUUCUGCUGUGUUUACAACCUCAGCCGUUCGGUAAGCAGACACGUGUUAAACUGGAGCAGGCUGUCGUCUGCUGACCUCGGCCUGGAUUUGACUAAAUGAAUGCAAAUGUGUUUGUAACGCACGAAUGUUGCACAAGUGUUUUAUGUUCUGGAAAAACACCUUGAAUUUCCGGUUUAUUUAUUAAAAAGUACACACACACACA